AUGCAGGGCUCGACCGCUUUUACGCCCAGUCCUGCCUCACGGGCCCCUGCCGCUCCGCCGCAGGCGGCGACUCAGGAGACUCGUUUCCGUCUGGGUGCACACGCGCGGAGUGGCUGUACGGGGGGUGCGGCUCUUCUGGCUCCAUCCAGUGGCGCUUCGAGUGAAGAGUCGCCCGCCACCGCGCAGCCGUCUUUGCGUGCCUUGCGCCUUAACAUGUUCCCUUUCCUUUCUUCCGGAGAACCUCUACUCCAAGGCUCACUCCCAGCGGAAUCCCUCGGCUCUUUGAAUGCCCGUAAAAGCCCCGCAUGGACUGAGGGCAAGGGCUUGGCAAGACCACGCUGGCCCGCGCCUUCCAGAGGCAGUUCCACGAUGGAGGCGCCUGGGGGAGCCUCUCGUUUCUUCCCUGAUUCUGGCUGUGCGCCUCCGCACUUUCCGUUCUCGUCCUUAAACGCUGUUGUCCUGGCGGAGAUGCGGGCGCGCCUGCGCCUGCAGCUUCAGGAGAAGGAGAAGAAUCACCAGAGGACCCUGACUCUCGCAGCCUCGAGCCGGGCUGCAGCGAAUUCGUCCCCUCCUUCGGGUUGUUCUUCUGCGUCCCGCUCCUCGCCUAUCUUCUGUCCAACAUCUACCUUAUCUCUCUCUUCUAUAGACCCUUCCAGCCGGGCUCCUGGCGACCCUGCGUCCUCGCUCGCCCCACCGUUAAUACUGACGGCCUCGCCCUCUUGCGCGGCAUCUCCGGGGAAGCACUCAGGAACGCGGGACGGAGCCGCACCACUCGCAGAUCGCGCAGGCGAAACGAUCAACACGUUCGACAGAGUGCCCGACGUGCAAGUGGGGGGACUGUCUCAGAGGAAGCAGGAAAGCGCACAGCCGCUGUUAAAGAGGAGGAGGAAGGAUACAGGGGCUUGGAACGCUUGCGAGAGCAGGGCGGGCGCUGAUGCAGACAACGCGCACAAGUGCUUUGCGCACUACCAUCCAGAGGGCGCGAGAGCCAGAGACCCCUCGGGCGCACCGAACGACCGGCGCGACGAAACAGACGCAGACGGCCAGGGCCCAAUAAAUCUAGCCCGCAGGCCGUCGGGUCGGGAGACGCACGCUGAGGACGGAGAGGGUGCCUUGACAAGGCGCGAGUCGUCGUCGUUCUCUGCUGCCUCGCUCUCUUUUUCGUCGCGGAAGAGGCCCCAGAACGGGGAGGGGACCGUGCCCCGUGACUCCUCACCUGACAUAGAGCGAGCCCUCCACGCGCCCGCCCUCGUGAAGUCGCUCCCUAAACAGGACGGGCCUGAGGCCUCCUCUCCGCCUCUAUCCCUUCUGCCUCGUGAGGCGCCCUCCUGGAAGCACGCGACAGAGACGCGAAGGACGUCAGACAGGAGCGAGACCCGCGACGUUCUCGCGAAUCUGCACGCGCACCUCCGAAAACUUAGCGCAGAGACAGGCACAGCUGGUUCGCAGAAGACAGACAGUCCCAAAAAAGCGCUCAAGGAUGACGAGGGACGAGGCAGGAAAUCAGACAGGCGGAACCGCGCAGAGGCGUUGUGGGCUUGUCCACGACAGCGGCGGCGACAUAAUGAAGCGGCAGGCAGACGGCAAGUCGAGAAAGAACAAGAAAAGCUCGAGCCUCCGCUGGCGGCCCGGUGGGCUAGCGGACGUGCCUUGGAGCCGCCCACGGAAGACCCAGAGACUGCAGACCGGGCCUCAGAAGAGUACGAACCAGUUACGGGCUCCUCUGAAAACCGUGCUGCUCGCGAAGAUGCCGAAGAUGAAAAACGAGCCUCUGCCGAACACGUGAGAAAGCUUGAGAGGCGCAAACAGGACGACGAGCUCGUGGGCUUCCGGAAUGCGCAAGACGCGCAGAUGAGAAAGCCUCGCCAACAAGGGGCGAAUCUCCUGCAGAUGCACGCUGAAGUGGAGGGGCUCAAUGUAGGAGACCGCGUUUUAGAAGACGAGGCGUUUCUUUUGUCUCGCCGCGGAGGGCGGGGUCUGCAGCCGUGUACCCGACAAGAAAGCCAGCGGAGAGGGAUCCGCGAGGCGAGGGAAACCAAGUCUGUAGGUGCGUGUGAGGACCGAGUGCGUCGCCCGCAGCGGCAGGAUCGAGGCGACGCGACCGACUCAGAAGAAUCGAGUUUGUGGAGCGGGAGGGGGGAGGCAGUGGGAUCCAUAACAGCAUGCUGGCCUUCAGCUGUGUUGAACCCCGCGCAGGACCUGAGCGAGUGUGCAUCCAACACAUCUCUCUCCUCCAACGCUUCGACGCCCCCCGCUUGUCCAGCCCUGAGUCGAGCCGGCGCGCGUCGGGAAGAGACUCACGAGGAAGACUCACGUCUCCAGAGGCUUCCUCGCUUUCCGUGUGCAUGCCCAGCAGAAGACGAAGACCCUAACGACACAGUCCUGGCCACGCAGGUGCAAGCGGAAAGGAGACAGCAGGCGUCAGGAAAACGCCACCAGCUGUCGCGGGAAACACGGGGGGUGAGGAAACAGGAGAAUGGCGGCGAGGAGUCUGCUGUUCGUAGACACCGCCUGAUGGGCGAACCCCGUUAUGCAGAGCCUCUUCAGGCUGACGUAAGGGGCAGGAGCGUAAAGAGAGAACCGCCUGUGGAGGACAGCCACAACCCUUCUUCAGAUGCUGCCGAAUCAGGAAGCGCGGACUCUCCAGGCCCAGUUGAAUCACGAAACAGGCGGGAUGCUGCAUGCAUCAUCCAGCGCCCGUCCGCGUUCACGCGCUUCUUGGGACGUGAAGAACCAGCCCGAGUUGCGCUCGAAGACGCUUCGCGAAAAACGAAGAACGGAGGAUCGUUUUCCUCCCCGGUGGAGUCGGACGACGAGGCUGCUGCAGCCGGGAGUAGAGCAGACGGCAGCAACGGAAAAGCAGCGUCCAUUUCAUAUGCUGUGCCGUUUUCGCGCCUGAGGCCCUCAGGACGGAUGGACCACGCACAGCCUUUGACCAGCAAGGGAGGUUAUCCUCUCCCCUCUGGCGUGCAAGAUGAAGAUCAGCCAGAAUGGGUUCUGUCUCUCGCUUCCUUCUCCACCGUAGACGGGUCGCGCUCCCUAUCGGCCCACGCCGGCCUGCCUCGGGAGACAGAGACGCGAGGGCGGCAGAAAAAAACGGCGCGAAAAUCCCUAUCGCCUAAGGUGAAUGAAAAAGUCUCUCUACUGCUAUCCCGAGCCAGUCCCUCCACUCCUCCCCCUCCAGGAGCGCCCCCGCUGCUCCCGGGUGGACCUGACGGGCGGCUGGGGCGGCAGGGCCACAGUGAGGCAUCUGGAGCCAGCGUGGAGGACGCCGGCGGCGCCGAUGCUGUCAGUUCCAAGCGGAUGAAGGAGGCCUGUGCAUGCAAGAAGAACAGCGCGCCGAGCCCGACCGCUGGCGGCGCCGGGCGCUCCGUCAGACCGAGAGAUCAAAGUCGUAACGCCUGCCGUGGGGCAGCAGCCAUGCACGCGGAAGCCGCGCACGCCAGGAAACAGAAGACGCACGUGGUGCCCUCGGCACCGUUGGCCUCCCAGCCGCGCAACGACAUGCAAACGGGAACAUACGGGGGCGCGGCUCCCGAUGCGGGCCAGCGGAGAGACAGUCAUUCGCCCCGAAAAGGCGACGAAGAGGCAAGCCGCGCUCGAGGCAGCGGGGCGCGCCAGACCCGCGCGCGGGCCUGUAGGGAAUACAAGGCAAAUACUCUCAAGGCGGAGCCUUCCAGCAUCACUCAUAGCAGCCAGCUUCCGAGCGCGUGCGCUGGGACUGCUGAGGCAGCGUCGGCAGGAGUCACGCAAGGGACUCAAGGCCCCCCUGGCCCGACAGACGGGGACAGGGGCCCACCGAGCCCCGAUGACGCGCCUCGGCGACUUCAGGAGGAGGCAGCCAACGGUCGAGGCGCUCUCCAUGAAACUAAAGAAGGCUUGCCUUCUAAAAGAAACGGCGGGAUCGACCUGUUGGCCAACCCCACCCUCGCUUCAGUUCACGAAGAGGCGAGCGAAGCAGCGCUUUUGAGGGAUUCUUUGGUGGAGUCAACCUUCAGUCGUGCUUCAGUUGUGAUGGAAGUCGAGCUUUCUGUGUCUCCUCUCUCUCUAUCGCCGCCUGCCUGCUCAGCGCCCCUCGCUCGCCAGGCGCCACACAGGCUCGAGUCUGGGUCUGAGGCACGGUCUGUCUCCAGCGUCGUCGCGACGAUGGGCGACUCCGCCUGCUCUCAGGCCUCGAGCGAUGAGGAGUCCGCUGCCUGCGAGGUCCUAUCAGGGGACACUGGAGGCCGCAGACGCGACCUGGAUUGUCUCGCAAAAGAGAGGCUCUCUGGGUCAGCGCUCGCUAGGGAAAAGCGGAUGAGGGAGCGGCUCGAAGGCGACGAACAGGCCGAGGCGCCCUCGAAAGACAUGCCGGCGGAGGGAAAGGCAGCGGGCUGCCAGGGUGCUCGAGGGCCGGUAGCGGGGGAGGCAAGGAGGGAUACGACAGUCGAGGGGGGAGCAUCUGGGCGACAGGGGACUCCAGGCCUGCGAACGGGGCCUCGAGGCGAACCCCGAGAGAACGCAGCGAGUCGCGAGGGCGGCAACAGCGAAGCGCAAGGGAUGCCGGGCUCGACAGGCAGGACUGUGCGCUCUGGUGCGCCGGCAGGCAGGCAUGCGCAGCAGCUUUCACGCGAUGUACUUGCUCAGAAACUACCCCGCAGAGGCAUGGAGGCCUUGACGACCUACGAAGCGCCUCUCGCGCUUCUCACGUUGUCCUCUCCUGCGUCGCCUUAUCUGCCUUCCUCUGCGCCUUCUGCGCAGUCUGAAGACGGCGCCUUGGCGCCGUCUAGCCGAGGAACGGGAGCCGCGGAGAGACGGAUAUGGCCGUGCGAGUCGGCAGCCAGUUCGCGUCCCUCGGAAGAGGACUGCCCCACGUCCCGCGGAACCUGCAGUCACCGCGCCACCGGAGAUAUGAGCAGCCGGAGAAGCAGCCUGGCGUCGAGUUGGCCAGAAGAGGACGAUGCAUCUCCUCCCCUCGCUGGCCAGCUGGUGCGAGGCGGAAAGGAAGCGGCGCAUGCGCACGAAACGCACGCGGGGCGAGAGCUGUGCGGCGACGGCGAGACUCAAGGUGGAGAGCGCGCAGACAGGUCUGAGCCAGGGCGAGGCUUGGGCUCCUCGAGCCAGCGUGCAGAGGCAACAAGGCCACUCCGGGAGCACGGCGGGACUGCUGAUUGCGGCUUUUCGCCCCGCGAUUCACGGCCCCGUGAGGAAGCCCUGAACGACGCGGAGCAGCAAAGAGCCCCAGCACACGAAGAAAGGAUGACGGAAACGGAGACUGACCAGUCCGUGCUGGAAGGGAAGCAAGGGGAAAGCGGCCCUGGCCACGAGGCUGCCAGCGGCCGGGCUUCUCCACAAAAUCGCCUGUUCCAUGGGGGGAAAGGCGGCCGGAUAUCUGUUUCGCUUACUCGUGUGCAAGGCAUCAGAAGCUCUCGGGCUUCCUUCCUCCACAGAAAGAGGGAUACGUCGCCUCGUGAACUCCACAGAGAGGCCGAGGACCUCUUAGACUCCGUGGAGGUGUUUCUCCUGGCCCUAGAGGGCGACGGGCACACCCUGGCUCUUCGUCUGCUUGAGCGCGAUAGCCGCGCCGAGUUCCAGCAUUUUCCAGGCGCCGGUGAGCCGAAAGAGCAAGCGGAGGGACAUCUAGGAACCGACGAGAGGAAGCCCUUCGUAUGCCUAGGCGUGCGCGACGAAUGUGAAGACCCUGCGGCGAGACGGCAAGGAACCGAACCCAUACUUUCGCCUUCUCCGUUCCCGAGAUACCCCCUUGUGGACGGGAGGUUGACAGAUAGAGGGAGAGCACAAAACCGAGACGGAUCUGGGUUCAGAGCACGAAACGAGAGGCUGAGGAACCUGCGGGAGCAGAUCAAGGCGUUUCUGAAGUGCUGUGGAUCAGUCGAGCAAGCGAGAGGUUCCGCGCCCCAGCAGACAUCGAGGCACGAUACCGCAGCGACUCUCUCUAGCCCAGAGGGCUAUGAAAAGCACGCAGACGCAGGAGACCUGAACACUCAAGCUUCAGGCGGGAGUCCCUCCUUGCCGCCUCCUCCUGUGGUUGGCGUCAAAGCCCCGGCGGCCGCCAACGAACAGGGGAUGGAGGCGACGGCCAUGGUUCUGCGACGGGACUCUCCUGAGAGAGAGCCCGCAGAGUUUGCAAACGCGACGGAUCGGGAGACACUCGAGGCGGGGAGGCACCCCGAGAGCACACAUCCCGAUGCCGCUCCUGCGGCGCCGUCUCCGAGGGCUCUAAUCGAGGGAGGACCAGACGAAGAACACUCUGCCGCCUCGUCGCCUUCGCAAGCGGAAGAAAAUGAGGCCCCCCUUCUCCAGCGAAGGCCUGCAGACUUGAACUCGCGGCCGGGAAAGAGAACAAAAGUCCUCAGCAACCACACAAACGUUACGCUCGCGGCAGGCGGCGCAGCCGCAGCGGGAGUGACAGAGUUGGCGACCGGCGCAGCUGGGCACGACAGCGCGCCUGCAAGUGAGGAGGGCCGUUUAAGUCCCGCGACUUCGACCUGCGGAUGCGCGCCACAGGCGGCCCAGCCUGGAGAGGAGGUUGGAGCGGGAACCGAAAUCCAGAUGGAAAAAGCAGUCGCACACGUCUGCUUCUACGGGCUCGACGGCACUCCUCCGCGACAUCCCUCGCCCCUGAGGGCACAGAGCUGCGCCACAGCAAUGGAAACAGGAGGGACUGUGGCGUUCUCUGGUAGCCUCCUGGCGCGCCCCGAGCCUCCGACCGCGCCCGCACAAGCCGAACGCAGCCUGGAGGAGUGCAGCAGCGGCGUCCUUCUGUCUUCGGUGUCGCCCCCCCCGCCAUCUCCAACCGCACGGACCCAUUCCGCCGUCGCAGCCGAGCCGUGCUCGGCUGCGGCUGUAGCCGCCCGUGGCAGCCCUUCGCGCGAGGGCUGCAGCGUCCGCGCGAGCUCCCCCCCGCACCUGCCGCCCUGUGCUCGCCAUAUGGCGGCAGGCGUGCCUGCGCGCCCCGUCGCUCCCUCAGCCGCCCUUCCGGAGUCCCGCACGCGCCGUCGAGACGAACAGGAUUGGCUUGAGCGCGCCACCAGGGAAGAAGACAGCGUAGAAGGCGAGACGCGCAGCAGGUCAGCGGGAAGAGAGCGUCAGCAACCGUUGCCUGCGCCGCCGUGCGCUGUCUGGCCUGUUAUGGGGCCAGACCCGCAGCCCGCAGGCGGUCUUCCGCCUUCAGGUCGUCUCCCGUUACGUCCUCGCUCCAUGCCGCCUAGGCGUGAAGAUGGCGAGGCGCCUCGAGAGCCUCGCGCGGCCCACUCAGUACGCUGCGAGGGAACAGCGGAAGAAGCGCAGGACAGCUCGAGCUGUGCGGGAGGAUUGUGCUUCGUGCAUGGCGAGGGACGGGGAACAGAAGAGACGCAGACAGAGCCGCGCGACUGCAUGCUCCGGGGGCAGCCCUCGGAGACCAAAGAGAACGCUGUCACGGCGAGACCCCGAAGCAAGGAAGCGGAUAUGGAGGCAGCAGUUGGCGAAAAAGCCGCAUCGAGAGAGGCGGAAGAGCGCACAGCAGUCCAGGAAAGAAACCACGUUUUGGCGCACAACGGUCUCGGUAUGCUUGCGCCCUGCCUCCAACACGAAGAAGAGACUUUUUCAGAUGGCGGCGAGAGCCAGGAUAUUUUUUCACUUGGUGAUUCUCUGUCUGCGUCGGAAGACGAAGAGGCCCUCCCUUCAACCGGCUUUUCAGCUCACCGGGAAACGGAUGCGAGCCAACCUGUGGACGGAGUCGCCCCUCUCGUCCUCGGGCAUCGUCGCGUCUCGCCUUCCCCCGGACUCUCGAGUUCUGACACCUUUGCCGUUGCGCCAAGCGUGGGUGAUUCUGUGUGCGUUUCUCCUCGCAGCGAGGACUGGAAAGGCUCUGCCCGCACGCCUCCUGCUGCGGCCACAAGCCUCCCUUGGCCGCCCCUCUACGCGAGGCUCCCCGCCGAGGCGAGGACGCCAGAGGAGGCGGCAGAGACGCAGGGCGUCGAAGCCGGACGAGCGAACGUUCUGUGCCGAGGAGAAGAGAACCCCGGGGGGUGCGGGAGCGGCGGAGGAGACAGUGGACAGCGGGUGCCGUCGCUAGAGCUGCAACCCCAGCCUGAGGCACGGCAGCCGGAGCCGCCAGCGCCAAAGUCCUUGAAAAAGAAAAAAGAAUCCAAACUUGCAUGCAGUGUUCAGGGGGAAAGACGCGAGGAAAGGGAUGAGGCCGAAGUCGAGAGCCCCUUUGCCUGGUGGUAUCGUAGCCUCGGGCCGCAAAACGCGUCAGACGACCUGGGAAGGCGCGGAUACAAGCAGAGCGGAGACACGACAGAGGACCGCGGCAGCUCAGACAGCCAACUAGAACGAGAGGAGGGCAAAGAAAAGCAAGCCGAAGGACUAGUAACACCUGGUGGCGGCCGCUGCCGGGGGAGAGGACAUCUGGCAGAGGGCAGGACGCGGCUGCUGUGGCAAGGCGAAAGCCGAGAAGAAGGCCGGGAAGAAGACAGUGGCUUGAGACACGUGCGACAAGAGAAGGGCUCCGAAGAGCGCUUCCCUGAAUCUUCUGCACUUGAGUUCCCCUGCUCUCCCUCACCGCCGCUUACGCGCGACGGCCAGGGGGAACAGCGCCGUGAAUGUAGCCUAGGAUUUCCGCGCGGGGGGGAGGCUCAUCAGGCCCACGAUGAAGACGCUGGCAGACACCCGACUACGGAAGACGUCGAAGCGUCGGAAACUGACCCCUUAUCCAUGGCCGGGCAGCCACGCGGGUCGAGUGCCGUUCCUCGUUCUGGCAGCACAGCAUACAGCACAGCACAAAUGCGAGACCCAGUCUCCAGUCCUUCAGGCGCCAAUGACGAGAGGUUUACGGCCGCCAAGGCAUGCAUAAGAGUAGGAAGCCUGAAUGCGGAGGCCUCCGCGCAUCCUUCACCUCCGUCAAGCGCUCUCAAGCCAGCAACCUGCGUGCCCUCCCGCUCUCCGCCGCCCUCGGCGUCUCUGGCGGCGGCCUUUUCCCCACCUUGUGGAGGGCAGGGAACCGCCGAAAAGCUCCGAGGCCCUGCUGCUGGAGUGCCGCAUGAGGUCAUUCUAUGCGCCUCUCCAUCGAGCCCGUCGGCGUCUUCUGGAGUCUUGGAGAGCACUCCAAACGGCUCCGAGACGUCUUCCGUCUCCGCGACCGUAGAACUAAGCGCGGCGCUGACGGAGGGCUUGACGCCGCUCUUCGCACUGUCGCGCCUUUCACCGAGUGCGGGGGCCCCGCCUCAGGCCCUGGCGCGCCCGCCUCGUCUUCAGACGCCUACGUCCGGUCCCCAAGGGGCGCUCAAGGGCGAAGAGGAGUCUCUUACGCACAAGGCGAGUGUAAGCAGCGCCGCGGCUGACCCCGCCCCCUGCCGGGAGCUGCGCCAACGACAGCCGGCCAAAGACACGCACGCCAAGGAAGGAGCGAAAAACACAACGCUUGCUGCUUGCUUGGAAAGCUUUCCCGCGAGCGACGACGCGCGAAAGAGACCGGUGCAUCCAAGUGAAAACUCCCCAGAGGGAGACAAAAUGUCGGAAGUCGCAGGCACUGCAAAAGCUCGGGCAGCCGCGGAAAAGGAGCUCCUGUCGGCGGGGGAGGCACAGCAGGAGACAGAGGUGCCUUGGCGAAACGCAACAAGAACGACGGCCCUCCUCGUGACACUUUCGUCGUCGCAUCUCCAUCGCCAACUGGAGUGCCAGGCGGACGCCCGCACUGGGCUCCCGCAGGCGCUUUCUGCGCCCGCCAUUCGAGACUUCCUCACGGAUGUGCAAGGCCCGCAUUCCUACGGGUCGCUCGCUGCCUUUGGGGGCCCGACGGCGGCCACUGCGGUGGCCAGAGCCCAGCCUCCGCGUUCUUGCCCGUGGCCUUCCGGCGCUGCCCUCGGUUCACCAGGCUCCGUGGGGGAUGCUGUCCGGCCGCGAAGCGAGGGGCCUGCGCCAGACAGAGGGUGCGCAGGGCCGCAUGACUCAGACGAGAGAGCAGACGCCACGAACGCGGCAUCCCAAAAUGCCGGCAGAAGCGAGCAGCAGGCAGGCAAGCGCGAGGCGCUGCCAGCCCAAUCUCCCAAAGCGAGGGCGUACGGAAGCGCGGCCGCGGGAGCCGUGCCUGUCUCUCGAGGAUGCCAGAGCGCCCAAGCUGGUCAAAAAAGCUGCGUCGUGUACCAGGGAGAAAAUCAUCUCCAAGAGGUUUCCUCACCUCGUUUUCCGGAGGUCUGCGCUUCUGGCGCGGCGUCUGCCUCAUUCGGGCCUCGCGUUCGCGCAGCCGUUACAGCCCCCAGCCUCAAUCCACAGCUGUUUCCGCCUCCCCACCUUGCGGCCGCCCUCGCGCUCAGCGGGUCAGCCUGUCAAGAAAACAGAGCCUGGAUAGCUUCGCCGCUGUCGCCUCGCAUUUCGUUCUCUCAUUCACGCUCGCUCUCGUUGUUGAACCCGCGGCGGACGGCGGCUGGAGCUUCGCCUUCCCGCUGCUCGCCUGCAGGUCUCGCUGGGGUGAACACGGCCCGCGAGACGCCCACCAGACAAGUCCCAGAAACGGAGUCGGGCAGCGCAGAGGAGGAGAAAGCGAGCAUUGGCAACUCGCACGACAAGCAAGAUGCCCGAAGCCUCGCAGAGGCCAAACGACGCGCGUCCUCCCUUCCACAGCCGCCACUUCGGGCAUCAGUCCCUUCGCACGCGUCCCACGCCGAUCCGGAGCCGGGGUGGCGGCAUCACCAACGCUGUUCUUCCAAGCCUCCGCGCGCGUCCUCCGGCUCCUCCUCCCGUGUUCCUUGUCCCUACACGCUUCAACAAGCGCCCUCGCCCUGGUCGCGGUCAGAGCACAGGAAGCAGCCUUGCGCAGACUCUCCUGUCGAGCCGCCGUCCCCGCCCGACGCGCCAGGCGCGAGCCUGUCCGACCGCGCUCGGCCGCUUCUCGCCUCCGGCGCGGCUGUGUUGGCGUCGGCCCUGUCGUCUACGGACGUGGGGCGCGUCGCCAAAGAUGCCUGUGCUGAGGCCGCGCCUGUAUGCAGCCCGUCUGAUGGAACGCCUCGCACCGAGCGGGGCUUCUCACAGGAGAGUCACCACGUCAAGCACGCAGCGUCUGCGACCUCUGUGGAGUCCACCGCGCGACACCAAGGGCACGUCUUCGAAGGCGAAAAGAAAACUGGACGAAGCGACCUGAGGAAGGAGGAGCAGCCCGCCGCAGAUCCGCCAGCGGCAGGCGGAGGCGAAGUGACGCGUGGGUCGGCAGAUGCCCGCACUCCGAAAUGCGACGGGCUGGGCGCAGCGACUUCGCUUCAAGGCGCUGCUGGAGCGACUGCGGCGCAGUCCGCUUCUUCUCGUGAGAGUGCAGUCUCUUCUUCUAAGGCAGGCAAGGCCCUGAGAGGCAGGAGUCUCGGCGCGGCGGUUCGCCGCUUGAGCGCCAAGUGCCGCCGGCGCAGCCAACGGCGAAACUCUUCCGCGGCAAUCCAAGCUCCUCAAGAGGCACCCCACGCCGCUGCUGAGCAGGGGCCUCUCUGGGGCCAGCCGCUCUCCCUAUCUGCGCGCGCGGCGUCCCCUCCGUCGCGCCUCCUGAGAGGGACGGCCACGCGCAGGGGGAAGCUCUUCGCACCACCCGAGAACGCCGAAGGGAGGACCGCGCCGCAGCCUGAAGAAGACGCUGGAGCCUGCGGUGGAGGGGGCGGCGUCUGGAAGGCCCGCGUGGAGCCAACGGCGAGGGAGGCGGAGGGUGAGUCAUGCCGCACGGCGGAGGCAGUUUCCGACGGCGAGAGGCGCCACAUCCUCGCGCACCCCGCAGCCCGCGCCCUUCCUCCGCCUGUCACGCCUCGGCUCUCGCUGCAGGGCGCCCGGCGCGUGAGCGGCAGCCGGACCGCCCUCGCCCUCGCUUCGCAGCAUCCAGGGGCCGCGAAGUGCACUCAAAAAGCUUCUCCUUCUCUCUCGACUCAUUCGCACGGCCUUUUCCGCCGCUUCUCUUUCGCCUCUGGAGAAGGUCUCGAAGCGCCUACAGUCGGCCACCCUGCGUCGGUCGCGGGCGUUCUCACGAGGCUUGUCUCGACGCGCGCCGGCGGGAGCGCGGAGACUGCGGCAGGGAGAGGGACUAGGGCGCUCGAGGGCGCAGGCGUAGAGGACUCGGCCGCAGACGCGAAGACGACCACUCCGCAGAAGGGCGCGAAGCGAUUCGUCCUCGGGCGGCGCGCCAACGUCGGAGCCACGCCGAAAGGAGAAGCAGCGCAGACAUGGACGCACGACACAGACGACAAGUCCAGGAGGGUCUCUAGAUUCCUCUCCCCCUUUGGAGCCUCCAGGAGUUCACACCGCAAAGAGGAAAAAAGAGAAGAGGGGGAGGGCCGUGGAGCGGCUCCAGGCUUGGCGAUGCCCCGCUGA